UUUAAGAAAAGUAUCUGAGAUUCCGGAGGUAGCGUCCACCAUACAAGAAGAAACGGUGCAUAAAUCUCCGCAACAGCCUAAUACUCGCCGCUCCCACACCCUUUGUGAUCCAGCCGGGAUCGGUGGGCCGCUGAGGAGCGUCUCCUCCGGGAUACACACGAAAAGCGCGUCUUGCCAUGUAAACUGGCUCGCAAAGCUGUGGCUCGCAUGAGGAGAAAGGGAUGGAAGAAACGACGAUGUCGUCUGUCCGGUGUUGAUUCUGUGUUGAAAAGCCCGCCCGGAGAGGAAAAGAAGGAGAGCAAUGGUCCCCCUUUAAUUUCAUCUUCGGAAGACAGUAACGAGGACAACUCUGAGGACGUGGAAUUAAAAAGUGAAGGCGACACAUAUGAGGAACUUGGUCAAAUGAAGGAGGACCAGGAGGGUAACUCCAAAAGGGAUAGCGAGGAUCGGAGUAUCAGCAUCGAGAUCCCCGAGGUGCUGAAGAGGAAGCUGGAGGAUGACUGUUACUACAUCAACAAGCGUAAGAAGUUGGUGAAGAUCCCCUGCCAGAUGAACAUCAUAAACAUCCUGGAGUCCUAUGUGAAGCACUUCGCCAUAAACGCCGCCUUGGCAGUCAACGAGAGGUUCCGGCACCAGAGCAGCACUCAGCCCAGCCUCAGCUCACACUACAUCCCUCCCGAGAAGAAUGAGGAGCUUUGCAAAGAAAUGGUGGACGGGCUGCGGGUCACUUUCGACUUCACCCUUCCCGUGAUCCUCCUGUACCCAUAUGAGCAUGCGCAGUUUAAGAAGGUCAGCUCAUCCAGGUUUUUUCUGCCCAGUCGGGACGUCACUACGGCCAGCCUGAGCAGGACAUUGCGAGACUGUUCCCCCAGCUCCCCCAGCCCCCACACGUCCCCGGAAAGCCGCCCCCCUCUCAACCAGCCCCCAACAGCAAAGCGUCGCCGUGCCGACCCGGAUGUGCUGCAGUCCUUACGGCGUUCAGCACGUCACCACGCACCAGGGGGGGACCGGGCGUCCGAGAGUGGAGCCUCCCCACAGCCAAAAGCCAGGGCAUUCCUAGGCCUGGACAAGAAAGUCCCCCCCCAUAGCGGCUCCUCCUCUCCUGUAACAGCGCCCCCUAGGAAAGACGGCAGCUGCGUGUUCGGUGGCUUGGAGGGUCGAGGGAACUGCGGCCUAAAUGAGGUCCUGAGCUGGAGGCUGACCCCGGAUGACUACCCCCAGAGGGACCGCCCCCCUCCCCCAUCCUGCAUGUACGGAUCCCAGCAUCUGCUUCGCCUCUUCGUGAAGCUCCCAGAGAUCUUGGGUAAGAUGCACAUUCCUGACAAGAACCUGAGGGCCCUGGUGAAGCAUCUAGAGCUGUUCCUCAGGUACCUACCUGCUCCUGCUUCCCAUGAUGUCCAUUUGACCCUCCAUUCACGCCUGCAUACCUCAUCCCCCAAAUCACCAAGGUUUUUAGCAGAGUUCCAUGAGGACUUCUUCCCUGAGUCUGCCUAUGUGUCCAUCUCCGAGGCCCACUACAGUAUGAAGCACCCGCGGGCCUCCUAUUGACGCUUCACUACAAUCAUCUCCUGUGUCCUGCAUCCCUCUCCCGCUACCUGAGCCCUUCGGUUUUUCCGGCCAGGAUUGAUCCCAGUUUGUACACUCGCAUGUGUCCCAGGGUCAUGAUGGUAAAGACCACGGCCAGUUUUCUGGUUGUAGCUAUUCCAUCUCCUCCUGGCAGGAGUGGUUUGGUUGCUUGGAGCUGUUCCUCAUGUGUUCUUGUGGCUCUUUUGAGUUCUCUCGUUUAUGUAUGUUUAUAGUAAUAAGAGAAACGGUUACAUUUUACAUCUAUAUUGCAUUAUAGAUACCUUAUAAUGCUCGGUAUAAGAAUUAAUAAAGCAUUAUAGCAUCUUCUAUUGACAGUCAUAAGACUUAAUAUUUAUUAUAAUACUUCAUAUGGUUGAAUGAAGCGCAAAGCUGUAAUGCACUAGAAAUACCUUAAUAAUGCAUUAUAAUGAUUGGUAUAAGAAUUAAGGAUGCUUUGUAGGGCUGCCAGAAUUGGUCGAUGUAGUUGAUGAUGUCAACAUCAAUAUUUUGAAUUAACGCAUUCAUUAUUUUAAUGAAAUUACCUUUCUAAAACGCUUCAGUUCAUUAUAAUAUGUUUUCCUUUAAUAUCACUUUGUAAUUAUGGGAGUAGUUCAAAUUAUCACAAAACAAAAAUGAGGUUUUACGCUGUGCAAAGUUUCAGUAGCACACCACAAUAGUGCUACGCAUGAGCAUCUGUAAAGAAAACGUGCGCAAUUCUGGAUGACGGGUCGCCAUAAAUUGUCUAUUCAUGUUUAUUGAAUUACUAUCAGCACGGAGAGCAUUUUAAUAUCUUUUGUUGUUGGAGCUGCUAAAUGCAUUCAUUAUUAAAGCCAUGAAGUUGUCUGCCUGCUACCUUAGAAUUAUCAUUGAAUAAGUGUUUGAGAAAAUGUUUAGCGUAAAAUCUGAGCUUAUUCUACAGUGCAAGUGUAUGUUGGGCUUGUUGGGACCAGUGUUGUUAUUGUGAAUUGAAACUGGAACAAAAAUGGACACUAAACAAAGGAAGAUAAUUGUGAACUGGAAUAAAAAUGAAAACUAUAUUUACUAAAAAAAAAAAACAUCUCACAUUAAUCUGCAAAGUACUGCCAUUCCACCGAUGGCUUUAUUAACUUGUUUAUCUACAAUAUCACCUCUUUUAAAAAUGUUGUGCCUGUCAAGCUGUCCCUUUCUUCACCUUGACUUCAGUGCUUAUCGUUUCCGUGAUAUACCAGUAUAUAUAUACUCCGAUAACCAAAUUUAUUAAAAAUCAGAAUGUGCUGAAUUUAUACAGAUUACUAAUUUUUGGCCAUCACAGUCUGCCUCUCAUAAAUAUUUUAUGCAUACUAUGCAAACUAUAGGUGAAAAUAAUGUUCGUAUAGUGCCAAAAUGCCACCGUCCAUUAUCUAAAGCCCUGCAAUCAUAAACAGUUUGUUGUUGUCAACAUAAAAUUUAAUUAAAUGGUCAAUUAGAUUUUCUGGAGGAAAAUUGAUCAUUUAGAUUUAUUGAACAAUUGGUAAAAUGGUUGAUAGAUUAAUCCAUAGAAAAAACUGUUGCAACACUAAUACUUUGUAUUGCAUUAUUAUGGUAUUUAUAGUGCAUUAUAGAUGAAGGCUUCAUAAAGCAUUCAUAAUGCAUAAUAAACAUGGCCAUAAUGUGUUAUACAUUUUUAGAAAAUAUUUAUAGCCAUGUUUCUAAUGCUUUAUGAAUCCAUUAUAAUGAUUCUUACAGACAUGGCAAGCAUAGAAAGUGUUACCUAACAGACAAUUUCUGUGUACUGUGUCCUGCUGUAUAUUAGCUUCAGUUUCUCUCUUGGGAUUCAGAUGAGCUUCAUUAAAUAUGUGCGGAAUGA